AGGUCCAUGGAAUGCGGAGGCGAUAGCCACCUCCCCAUUAGCACUUUUGCCAAAACUCAUUUAUUAUAAUCCCAACUAAUUCCUAACAUAUAUACCCAUAAUAAUAAAUACAGAAUUUUCCCUCAAUUAAUUAAAUGCACAAUUUUCCUUUUUCUGAUUCGACUAUAUUCAUAUAUAGCUCAUCGAGAUUCAUAUAUCACACAUAAAAGAUGAUCGCAGCAGAAGAGUUUACCUUCCCCGUGAUCAGCAGCAACGCCGCCCUCAAUCUCGCACUCCUGCCGCCUCUCUGGAGAAUCUCCGAUCCCGAUCAGGCGAGCACCGCCACCGCACAACGCCGGCAGUUCGCGAGCCAAUUCAUCAAAAUUGACGAUGCGGCGGACGGCCAAAGAGAAGAAGCGGAGAGUGAAUCGCAGGAGAAGAUGGAUCUACUGUGGGAGGAUUUCAACGAGGGAUUACAGAGCUCCGCCGAUUCGGAAUUAAGCGAAGAAACUAGUGAAAAUCAUCAUAGCAAUAGCAACAACAAAAGUGGCGGGGAUGAAUUCGAAGAUCUAGAUCUGGAGGAGUGCGCUAAUGUGCGCCAAUUGAGAUUGAUCCGGGCAAAGCCGAAGAAGAUGGAAUCGCUGGUGAAGGUAGUGAAGAAGCUUUUCGCGCGCACCAACCAACAAAAGACCAAUCAUUGAUAUAUACAUAUAACAUACAGUUGCAUACGAAUUCGAUAGAUAUGUAUUUGUAGAACACGAGUUGAUUCAGGAAGAAAUGUAAGAUCCGAUCCGUCUUAUAUAUGAUUGGGUUUGUAUAAUAUACUAUUUAUUGGAUUAAUU